AUGGCGGAACGGUCGCAGCGGGGGGACGAGGAGGCGUGGGAGGACGAGGACCUGGCGAGCUUUUACAAGCGCAUGGCUGGGCCAUCCAGCCACAAAGCGGCCGUCGCGAGCGACGACGCGCGCAUCAGCCAGCUGAUCCACGAGGCGUCGAAAGGCUCCAAGUUUUACGCGAACCAGCGCGCGAAGCACGACGCGGUCACAGCCAAGAUUGAGCGCGUGCGUGCGCGGCGGGACGAGGCGCUCGGGACGAUCUCUGAGGCGGCGCACAAGCACGCCGCGGCGCGCGUCGACCAGCUCGCCGCGUCGCUCGAAGCGCAGCGCAGCCUCACCCGCCGCAUCCUGCACUGCGACAUGGACAUGUUCUACGCGGCAGUCGAGCUGCAGCGCGAUCCAUCGCUGCAAGGGACGUGCUUUGCUGUAAGCAAAGGCGUGCUGCUCACCGCGAGCUACGAGGCGCGCCGCCGCGGCGUCCGCUCGGGCAUGGCCGAGUUUGUGGCGCGCGCCGUGUGCCCCGAGCUGAAGGUCGUUCCGGCGCACUUUGACCGAUACCAGGAGAGCUCCGAGGUGAUUAUGGGCGUCUUGAGAAAAUACGACGGCAGCAUGGUGCAGCGCAGCCUGGACGAGGCGUACCUCGACGUUACGCCGUACUGCGAAGCGCACCAGCUCAGCGCCGAAGACGUCGCGACGCAGCUGCGCGAGGACGUCAGGAGUACGACGCAGCUCACCGUGUCGGUCGGCAUCGCGGCCAACAUGCUCCUCGCGAAAAUCGCCUCGGACCGCCGCAAACCCAACGGGCAGUUUGCCGUGCCGUUCGAGCGCCAGGGCAUCAUGGACUUUAUGGCGUCGCUGCCGGUGCGCAAGGUCCCGGGCAUUGGACACGUCACCGAGCGCAUCCUCGACGCGUUCGGCAUCCAGACGUGCGGCGCGCUAUGGGAGGAGCGCGUGAUGCUCAGCGUGUGCAUGGACAAUUUUUCCUUCCUGCUCUCGGCAGCGAUGGGCAUCAGCUCGAGCAGGGUGCAGCCCCAGGCGCGCGAGGAGCGCAAGUCGAUCGGGCGCGAAAAUACGUUUGCACCCACGGCAGACGCCAAGGCGCUCGACGCCAAGCUGCGGCACGCCUGCGAGCAGCUCGCCGAGGACCUCGUCGAGCUCGGCUUCCGCGUGCGCACCGUGACGCUGAUCGGCAAGCGCGACACGUUUGAGCGCUUCUCGCGCGGCCAGAGCGCGGCGCCGCACGGCAUCGCGACUGCCGACGAGCUGUACGCCAUCGGCCAUGCGCUCCUCGCGCAGGAGAGGGCGGCGGCGGGCGGACGCCUCGCGCUGCGCCUGCUCGGCAUCCGCGGCACAGCGCUCGUCGACCUGCGCGCCGAGUCGUCGCAGCUCCAGCAGUGGCUCCAAGAAGGCAUCGUACACACGUGCCCGGUGUGCGCCAAGGCGAUCCACGUCCCGAGCGGCACGCCAGACGUACAGACCAGCGCCAUCGUCAACCGGCACAUUGACCACUGCCUCGGCCUCGCGCCGGAGCGCACGCCGUCGCGCGAGGCGUCGCCGACGAAGCCGGCCAAGCGCCCACGCACGCUCGAUGCCUAUUUUUCGACCUCUAAUGUACAGUAG